CUACGUUCUUUCUUUGGAGAGAGAAGUCAUUCUGGCUUCAACUAGUAUUUCUCAGGCAGCAGGAGCAGACUGUUGCCCUGUUAUAGGGACAUCAGGAUGGCAAAAGCUUGGCAAUGAGGAGCCAUUUUUGCAGAAGCAGAAUGAACUUCAUCCAGACCAGCUGGAAAUCCUUAAAAGCACAGGAGGUUGUUCUUCCCCUGCCGUUGGCGUGGCCGGCUGGGUUAACUUCCGCUGGAUAUUUGCCCCGAAGAUUCUGCAGCUUUGAGAUCUUGGGAGAUCUGACAUACAGCCGGCAGAAGGACUUGCUCCAUUUAUCAGCAAUCGUCAGACUUCAGCAUGAUCACCUCUCAGCUGCUGGCUUUUGUGGCAGUUUCAGUGUUCUGUGUCUUAAAAGUCAGCUCCCGGGAUACAUUUAUUGCAGCUGUUUAUGAACACGCAGUGAUACUGCCUAAUGCUAGCCUGAUACCAGUGUCCCGUGAAGAGGCGUUGGCAUUAAUGAACAGAAAUCUGGAUCUUUUGGAGGCAGCAGUCACUUCAGCAGCAAACCAGAGUGCACAUAUUAUUGUGACUCCAGAAGAUGGUAUUUAUGGCUGGAACUUUACCAGGGAAACUAUCUACCCAUACCUGGAGGAUAUCCCAGACCCUGAAGUGAACUGGAUCCCUUGUAAUGAUCCCAAAAGGUUUGGCUACACCCCAGUGCAAGAAAGGCUCAGCUGCCUGGCCAAGGACAACUCUAUCUACGUUGUAGCAAAUAUUGGGGACAAGAAGCCAUGCAAUGCCAGUGACCCUCAAUGUCCCCCUGAUGGUCGUUACCAAUACAACACUGAUGUGGUGUUUGAUUCUCAGGGAAAACUGGUGGCACGCUACCAUAAGCAUAACCUUUUCAUGGGUGAAAAUCAAUUCAAUGUACCCAAGAAGCCUGAGGUUGUGACUUUUGACACCAUCUUUGGAAGAUUUGGGAUUUUCACGUGCUUCGAUAUACUCUUCUAUGAUCCUGCUGUUACUCUGGUGAAAGAUUUCCAUGUCGAUACCAUAGUCUUCCCAACAGCAUGGAUGAAUGUUUUGCCACAUUUGUCAGCUAUUCAAUUUCACUCAGCUUGGGCAAUGGGCAUGGGGGUCAACUUCCUUGCAUCCAAUUUGCAUGACCCCUCGAAGAGAAUGACAGGAAGUGGCAUCUAUGCACCUGAUUCUCCAAGAGCAUUUCAUUAUGAUAUGAAGACAAAGGAGGGGAAACUCCUUCUCUCACAACUGGAUUCUUACUCACACAGCCCUGUAGUGAAUUGGACUUCUUAUGCCAGUAGUAUAAAAGCAUUCUCAACAGGAAAUCAGAAAUUUAAAGGUACUGCCUUUUUUGAUGAAUUCACCUUCUUGGAGCUCACGAGAGUCACAGGAAAUUACACAGUUUGUCAGAAAAAACUCUGCUGUCAUCUAAGCUACAAGAUGUCUGAAAAGAGAAGAGAUGAAGUUUAUGCCCUAGGGGCAUUUGAUGGACUACAUAUUGUCGAAGGGACGUAUUAUUUACAGAUUUGUACUCUGCUGAAAUGUAAAACAACAAACUUAAACACUUGUGGUGGUGCAGUUGAAACGGCUUCUACCAGGUUUGAAAUGUUUUCCCUCAGUGGCACUUUUGGAACUCAGUAUGUCUUCCCUGAGGUGUUGCUAAGUGAAAGUCAGCUUGCAUCUGGAGAAUUUCAGGUGUCAAGUGAUGGACGCUUGUUCAGUGUGAAGCCGCCAUCUGGACCUCUCUUGACCGUGACUCUAUUUGGGAGAAUGUAUGAGAAGGACCAGACAUUAAAGGCUUCAUCAGAGCCCCGGGCGUAAACACUAGGAAUAAUGCUCUUAGUCGUAAUGCCAGUUGUGUGCUCAUUAAGUUGGUAGAAUAUUUCCAUUUGCUCUCUUUUAUUUUGUGUAAGUAAAAAAAUGAUGGAUGAGGGCGCCUGGGUGGCUCAGUUGGUUAAGCGACUGCCUUCGGCUCAGGUCAUGAUCCUGGAGUCCCGGGAUCGAGUCCCACAUCGGGCUCCCUGCUCAGCAGGAAGUCUGCUUCUCCCUCUGACCCUUUCCCCUCUCAUGCUCUCUCUCUACCUCAUUCUCUCUCUCAAAUAAAUAAAUAAAAUCUUUAAAAAAAAAUGAUGGAUGAGAAAAGAAGGAUGAAGAUCAUAACAGUGAUCAUGGUCUCUUGUACAAAUGAUUACAUAUAUAUAUACAUAUAUAGUUCACUAUUUUUACACACACACACACACACACACACACACACACACACACACACACACACACACACACCCCAGAUAAUAGAAGCCAGAUAAACAGUGACACAAUUUUGAAAGGUAAGAUCUAUAAAAUGAGGGUAACAAUUUUACCCACAUUUUAGGGUCUUGUUUUUUUUUUUUUUUUUUGGUGAAAAUUAAAUAAUUGAAUGCAUUUAAAGUCCUUAGACAAGUUUCUGGAUCAUGGAAAGUACUGUAUAUGUGCUAGCUAUUAACAAUUAUGUAUGACUAUCAUGGUAAAACCAUGUGUGAUAUACUUAUUGCUAAAAUUACAUCACCUCUGAUUGUCUAAAGUAUAAACAUCUUCCACUGGCUCAACCACCCUGCAUAUUUCAGUUAGAAACUCAAUGAACUCAACUGUCAGUUAAUUGGUUUUGGAUACCUAACAAUGAUGUAUCCCAAAAGGCAGCUGGACUUAACACCUAGGAACUUAAGAGCACCUUCACUUUUUUGUGUUUUUCAGUGCCUCUUUAGUGUUUUACCUAUCUUAUCAGCCUAUGAGCAUAUUAAUAGGGUGGUUCUAAACCAAACAUUUACCAAAUCUGGACUGUGAUCUGUUUUUGCAUGGCCUGUGAGCUAAGAAAAGUUUUUAUGUUUCUAAAGUG